CAUGGCUUGGUGCCAUUUUCGGCCUCUGCUGAUCCUCAUCGAUGGGAAAUUGCAGCCCUCAGUGUCUCAGACAGUGAUGAGGACGAUUUGAUAGAGCUCCCUUCAUCACCCAAACAGGAUAUCAAAAAACUGGUUGUGUACCCACCUCCUCCAGCCAAAGGGGGAAUAACCAUCACAGAGGAUGACCUCAACUGUCUUGAGGAAGGAGAAUUCCUAAACGAUGUGAUAAUAGACUUCUAUCUAAGGUAUUUGGUCUGUGAGCAGCAGGAAAAGGAGGAUGCCUCCAAGUGCCAUGUGUUCAGCUCUUUCUUCUUCAAGCGCCUCACUCAGAAAGAUCAUAGAAGGCUUCCAGGAACUACAGAUUUAUCCAUUCAAGAGCGCCGGCACAGUCGGGUAAAAACGUGGACCAGGAGUGUCAACCUUUUUGAGAAGGAAUUCAUAUUUGUCCCGAUUAAUCAAAUGGCUCACUGGUACCUGGCUGUCAUCUGUUUUCCUGCCAAGAUUUCACAGACCAGUGGUUUGGAUCUUCAACUCAAUGGGCGAAGGAAUUCAGUGGAGUAUCUUUGCGAUCAAUCUCCACCCAAUCCCAUGUCUCUCUUCUACUUUCCAGAAUCCUCAAAGCAGCUCUCCAGAUGGAGUCAAUCCAUAGGUAAUUUAGAAAACCGAUGUGGUGCCAGAGCAAAAUGGUGGUGUACAUAAAGGACAAAAUCUGUU